AUGACAACUACAAUUGUGAAUUUUACAAUUCAGAGUUUAACGACGACAACGUGUUUUAAAUACACAAUCCUCAACAUCAAAUCCACUAUGUUGAGACAACAAAAUACGAUGGCGCAAUUCGACUUCGCGACUGCUGCACCACAAGAAAGCGAAUUAAAGCAAUUGAAGGUGGUAACGACUUAUUCUGCGAUCGAAUCAAGUGAUUCG